AUGGAUAAGGUAAUGUUCUCAAAAGUGCACGAGUUUGUAGGUUUGAUGCUCUCGGAUCUCGAAAAUUCUCGGAUACCAGCAUAUAACAAAGAAAAUGAUUAUUGCAAAAUGGAAAAGAGAGGAAAAACAGCGCCACCAUUUAUGGAAAAGGGCACAGUAAUUGGAAUAAAGAAUAAUUAUCGAAUUGAGAAAUUGGUGGGUGGCGGCGGAUUCGGACAAAUUUAUCGAGCCAUUGACUUGGAAUCUAAAAUUGUGGUCGCUGUAAAAGUUGAGCCGAAAUCGUCAGAAUCUGCUCGACUCGUCCUUGAAUUGAAAAUAUUAUUAUUGUUGAAUAAUUGUCCGCAUACACCGAAAGUUUAUUGCAGCGGCGAAUACGGCGAAUACAAUUUUAUAAUCAUGCAAAUGCUCGGCAAAAAUGUCGGCGAUAUUCGCAAAAAGCAGAGGAGUCGAUCUCUCAGUGUUUUGGCGACUGUUCGAAUCGGAAUUCAAGUUGUCGAAUGCCUUCGUCAAGUUCACUCUCUCGGCUAUAUUCACAGAGAUGUGAAACCGUCGAACAUUUGCAUCGGAAUUGGCGAGAACCGCCGGGUCGCCUACGUCGUCGAUUUCGGAAUGGCGCGCAAGAUCAGAGGUGCCGAUGGGAAAUUUCGGCCGGAAAGGGCGUACGCCUCGUUUCGUGGUACAACCCGAUACGUGUCGGUGACCGCCCAUGAAAGAAAAGAGCAGGGAUUUGUCGACGAUUUGUGGUCGCUUUUCUACUCGCUCGUUGAGCUUUCUGAGGGUCUUCCAUGGAAAAAUGUGGUCGAUCAGGAUGAAGUCUGCGUCGCAAAGCGGCUAUUUUUGAAGACCUAUCGCGUCAAAAAGUUCAGCCAAGAGUUCGAGCUGUUCCCGCAAAUUCUUGAACGGACCCGACGGACCGACAUUCCGGACUACGACAAAUUGAUAAGUAUUCUGAAGGAGAGCACGACGAUUUACGACGACAGUUGCGAGUUCGAGUGGGACACAACCGACGAUUCGAUCGAAUGGUUCUGA